AUGAAAGUCAUUGCUUGCAAAUAUACACUUCCUGAUUUCAGAAACGUUGGAGUUCGUUUUUAUUUCUGCCAGUUCUUCGAGGUGCGUCAAAAACUGGGCACCCUGGCUUUUACUGAGGCCAGCGAGGCCUCUGAUGAGGAAACGAAGGCAGAAAAAGAAGCAGUACCACCAGAGGAAAAAAACGAGGAAAAGGAUGCCUGGGGUGGUCCAAAGGCUCAAGGCAGUCUCUUUGACCGCAUGUGGGAGCUUAAGAAGAAGGCUGAAGAAAAGAGAGAAACGGAGCGCGACAAGAAAUUGAAGGAAGAAGCAAUUAUCUUGGAGAGCGUUGCCGAGAAGACGGCACUCAAGGGCGUUGGAGAGAUUGCUAUGGGCAUCCAGUAUGAGAAACCAAUCGAAACUGGUUGGAAACCAGCACCCUGGAUAACAGAACAGACAGAGGAAAAAUCUGACGCCAUCCGUAGGAAGUAUCACAUCCUUGUUGAUGGUGAAUCAGUACCGCCGCCUAUUCGCUCCUUUCGUGAGAUGUUGCUGCCGCGAGUGGUCGUGGAGGACUUGCGUUCUCGCAAUAUCAUAAACCCUACACCUAUCCAGAUGCAGGGUCUACCCGCAGUGCUCUCGGGUCGUGACAUGAUCGGCAUUGCUUUCACCGGAUCUGGCAAAACUAUGGUCUUUGCUCUGCCCAUUAUCAUGUUCGCUAUGGAUCAGGAGCAGAAGCUUCCCUUUAUUCCCAGCGAAGGUCCCUAUGGUCUCAUUUUGGGUCCUUCGGUGAGUAUUGUUCACGCCUUUUGCUUGCUUUGCGUACUAGCCUUCGUUAGACACCCCUGUCUGUUGCACUUAGAGGUCAAUCUAGGGCCCUUGCAUACAGUCGCAUACCGACUGGCUAUAACACAGAAUAGCCACCAUCAAAGACAAGGAAAACUGAGAUGA